CAUUCUUUAUCAGCCAAGAUGGUCGGUAAAAGCAUUUUGUUUUUUCUAUUAUCUUCCGUUGCAGGUUUAGAAGACCGCGACAUAGAUUUUUCUGUAGACUUUUUGAAAGCUAGAGAUGUUAAAUAUAUUUGUAUGCUAACGUGUGGCGAUAGAACUUGGAACAAGAAAUUUGCAAAAAAUGCCUCGAAAUCCUCAAUCGCAGUUUCAUAUGUUCGCAUCGACGAUUCUCUGUCAGAUCUAGAUUCAGUACGUGUAUGCUUAAGCCCAGAAUUUACUGAUGUUGGCGUUUUGAUUGAUACCAAAUGUCCGCUCUACGAAGAGGUCCUUAUGUAUGCAUCUCAAAAUCUCUUAUUUGAUGCAAAUCACAAGUGGUUAAUAAUCGAUAUUGAUACUUGGAUAUCUAAUAUAUCAACCGUUUUCAACGUUGAGACGAAUGAAAAUUUUUCAUGGCUAAUGAAUACAUUGGAAAAAUUAAAUAUGAGUAUAGAUGCCAAUGUCAUGCUGUCACUGCAGAAAGGAUCUGAGAAUAACAUUUACGAAGUGUAUAAUUUCGGAAAACUACGCGGAGGUAAUGUCGUUGUGAAGAAACUGGGGAAUUGGCGAAACAGAGCAGAUUUGAUACAGCAUCUAAAUGCUUACAAAUACUAUAGAAGAUGGGACUUCGAAAAUUUUACUAUUAACUAUGUCGCAGUUAUGUCAACGCCGCCAAAAGUAUUUGACGUGAACAUGCUGGUAGGGGAUACUCCGGCCCCGGGUGUUGCCGUGAUGACUACGACAGUCACCAGAGUAUUGCUAGAAAUAGCAGAACUACAUAAUAUCAGAUAUAAUUAUACUAUCGUAGACAGAUGGAUCGGAAAAUUUGAGAGAAAUACUACGCCGGUGGUUGCUACUUUGUUAUACUUCAAAGAACAAGACAUCACACCGGUUCUACGUGUGACAUCGGAAGUUUUCCAAAGGGUGGACAUGGUGUCGCCGCCUAUAACUUCUAUAGAGACAAGAUAUUACUACCGCAUCCCAACCACCGGUCCCGGAAAGUUCGAGAACCAAUUCCUACGGCCUCUGACCAAAGGCGCGUGGGGUUGCGUGAUAGCUGUGAUUUCUCUGUGCGCUCUGGUGUUGUUUCUGACGGUCAGAGCGGAAUCGAGGCCAGCUGCUUUACAGUAUGCUGUAUUUUCUGUGGCAGCUACGUUUUGCCAACAAUUUUUUGAAGAUGGUGGUUACGAUGAUCCAAGACGAGAAUCGUCUGCUCGCCAGCUCACAAUACUGGUGACAGGAGCAUCGUGCGUCCUCAUAUACAACUACUACACUAGCAGCGUGGUCAGUUGGUUGCUUAAUGGACCUCCGCCUUCUAUCAACUCCUUGCAAGAACUCCUGGAGAGCCCACUGUCGCUGAUAUACCAGGACAUAGGCUACACACGUUCCUGGUUACAGAAUCCGAAGUAUUACUACAAUAAAAAGAAUUCUGAAGUGGAAGAUCAAUUAAGGAAGUUAAAAGUAUUCAAGAAGAAAAAGGGAGAACCCUUACUGGUGCCUUUGGAGGAAGGCAUUGAAAUGGUGAAAGCAGGAGGCUACGCAUAUCACACGGAAGUAUACAACGCAAAUAUGCUAAUAUCACGCAGUUUCAACCAGGAAGAGCUAUGUGAGCUCGGCUCCCUCCAGUCUAUGGAAGAAACACCCGUUUAUAUUGCUAUACCAAAAGACAGUCCUUAUAAGGAGUUCUUUAACUGGAAUCUUUUGCGUAUGCUUGAAACUGGCGUGGUCUCUCACCUUCAGCGUCAGGCCAACAGCCCUGAGAUCUCCUGCGAAGGCAGCUCUCCUCGAGCUUUGGCUCUCGGUGGUGCUGCCCCUGCUUUCCUGAUUCUCGCUUUUGGAUACCUCUUAGCUACAGUCAUUGUUCUGAUGGAAAGACUUGUCGCGAAGAAUGAAUUAAAAUUUAUCGGGAAGAUGAAACAUCGAAUACUACAAGGACACGAAUACUAAAGAAUUAAUAUAUAAAUUAAAAGAACUAGAUAUAGAUUGAGAAUUGCACGUUAAAAGUUAGUAGGGUAGUUUGUUGUAAGUUUAGUUGGAUGUGUGUGAUAAAAACUUUAGAAGUGUUUAGAAAACUUAGGAGAAAUUAUUUUGAAAAUGCAAUAAAUAGAUUAAAGAAUGA